GUGGCGUGGGUGCGGGUGGAGCAGCAGAUGGAGAUGGUGGAGGAGAUCUUCGAGAUGGUGCAGAUGGAUCAUCCGGUCUUGAGGAUGGAUCUGGUAGUAUUUUUAAGGCCUUUCUUUCAUCUGGGAUGAACUGUUCUUGUAGUUGGAUGAACAACUGUUCUUGUAGUUGGAUGAACAACUGUUCUUGUAUCUACUUAUCAUCGAUGAACAACUGUUCUUGUAUCUACUUAUCAUCGAUGAACAAGAAUUGUAGUUGUAUCUAUCAUCCCGCCGGUACAACUAGGCUAGGAGGACUAGUACUAGCACUAGGGAUGUAAAUGAACAAUGAAUGGAAUCCAAAGAAAUCUAUCAUGAUAUAAUCUUAACGCAAGAGUUCAGAACCAAGUAGUGAAAAGAGCUCUAAUAAGAAUAAUGGCGGAGCAGGAUCUUCGAGUGGCACCAGGCGAGGCAGAAAAAACUUGUUAGCCGAGUUCGACACGAUUUUCGCUGGUACACCGAGUGUGGCGGACUUAAUCGCUGACUCACUCGAUGGUGAUGGUGCAAUAACGAAUCAGUUUCUGGACUCUCAUGAUUAUUUUUACGGCUCUCAUCUAGACUAGUCGAGGAUAGCCACGAUGGAUAAUUUCAAUUUGACUGUAGUUAAAUUUGAGAAAUUGAAACUCAUCUUUUUUGUUCGACGAGCGAUGUCUGUACAGUUUUGAAGCGUACUAUUUGUCCACUUACGUAAUAAAGAUACGAGGAAGGUCAGAAAAGAAAGUAGAUGAAAGAAGGCUCACCUGAGCAGCUGCGCUACCUUUUUGGAGCAUCGUGUAGACCAUCUAUGACGCCGUUAUGGCAGUCUGCACUGAACUUUGUGCGAGAUUAGUUGUAUUGUAUUGUACUACCAACAGGCGCCCCUCGUCUAACUUAUGUCGCCUUGGCAGCCGUUGAAUGGGGAGGAUGUGGUUGCCAAAGUAGCUAGAACAACUGCCCUAGAAGAUAUUCCAGCCGCCUAUCUAGAAUCGAAGAGGGAGAGGCAGCAGUCAGAUAAUCUGCUGCAACAAGGCUUGAAUUAUUAUGAUUGCUGGUCGUUGGAACUGGAAGAGCACACCAUGACUUCGUUCGUUGCUAGUAGAGGAAGACAGUAUUAUCGUAACUACAGGAGUUGUUUCUUUAGCUGGUUCUUGAAAGUAGAGGACUACAGAAGUACAGUUGUUACAGUAGUACUGUACUCUAGUUCAGGAGUUUUUUCUUUAGAAGUUGUCCUAGCUAGUUGUACUACUACAACUACUUCCCCAUGAAGAUUCCCAUCUACGGCUCCCAUCUACGGCUCCCAUGAUUCAGAGACCCUGAUACCAUGACUCGUCACAGACACGACCGCGUCAUAAAAAUACCCUCUAUUACUAUUCCAUUACUAAUCCGACUGUUCCAGCCAAGUGCUUUCAGAUUCUGAGCCAGACAUAUCGGAACAAGAAGAUGAAGACGAUCUAGCAAAAAUAGCGCAAAAGGAAACGGAAAUGUUAAGGCUACAACCCGGGAUCAUAGUUCUAGUUGUGUUUCACAACAUUAUUCCUUUGAGAGUAAUCAAAGCACUAAUAAAUUGUAGAUUGUAAGGGCGUUGUAGAUUGUAAGGAAUAAGUAAAUAAUUUCUGUAGUCCUUCUACGGCUGCGAAAAUCUGCUGGAGUAUGCAGGUAAAACUGUGGACGGCAGACCCCAUCCUAAUCCUAAUCCCAAUAAAUAUUUGCAUUUCUUGGGUAAUCGAUCCAACAACGAACUCAUAGGAGACGGCAUGAUCGGCUGCUGUGUAGAUACUGAAAAUAACCGAUUUACUGACUAAAAUCAAGCAUGGGGUAGCAUUGACAGGACUACUCUUUUCUGUGUGUUCAGUUGUAUCUCGCAUAUUUUAAGUAGUUACUCGCUUAUUUCAGUUUAUCGGAUAAUCAAAUCUGUCCAGCCGCCAUCCACCACGCUUAAAGCAAGAAUAAGAAACUAGCCGUCAAGCCAAGUCAAGGGGGUCUUCCCGUUUCUCGCCCUGAGUAAAAAGAGCGGUUUUUUUCUCCAGUGGAGCCGUUCUUUUUACUCGGGAGCCACGACCUGCUCUAAAAGUCGCUUCCGUUAAUGCAGAGAUGGAAAAAAUUCUUCAAGACAUGCGAAAAUUUUUGGAGGAAGACGCCAGCUCCUCUCUCCUUGCUG